AUGGAAGAAAAAUUUUUGCAAACACACAUUACUAUAUUAUUUUAUUUAAUAUUGUUGUUUUAUUUAAAAAAUUUUACAGUAAAUCUUACAGAUAUUCCGAAAAAACUACUUAAUUAUAUAAAGGUUUAUUACUCCUUUUUAAUAAUAUUAACAGUUGCCGGAUUCUUUAGUCGUUUAAUUAUAUUAAUACAAAUAUUUACAGUGCAGAAAAUUAAUGAAAUUCUUAAUUCAUUUUUAAAAAGAAAUACCAAAAAUGUAAAAAUAAAGAGAAAUUUAAGUUUUAACAAGGAUUUAAAAAAGUCUAAGUUAACAAAAAAAAGAUUGAGUGAUAAAAAUAAUAAUAUUAAAGAUUCAAAAAAUAAUUGUAUAGAUAAAUUAAAUCAUGAUCAAUUUUCAGAAGGAUUUAUUGAUAUUAACAAAAAAAAUUAUAUAAAUAAUAAUGAAGAUGUAAAUAAAUAUGAUAAAAAAAGAGAAACUUACAAUCUCCAUAUAACAAAAGUAAAAAAAAGAAAUAAUGGAAAAUAUAUUGAAAAUGAUAACAUUAAGAGCGAAGAUUUAAUGGAAAUAGAUAAAAAAGGGAAAAUUAAAAGUAAAAUGAAAAAUAGUCAAGAUAUAGAAACCGAUGUUACAAAAAAAGGAAACGUAAAUUUUGAUAUUUAUUCAAAUAAACAAAAAUAUAACUUUUUUACUAAUUUCUCGAAUAUAAUAUGUAGUAACGAGAAUUUUGUAAAAGAAAAUAAUAAUAUAAAUUAUAAUACAAAUAAAAAUAUAAAUAGUAGCGUAAUUAAUAAUAUAAAUAAUAAUAUAAAUAAUAGUACUAAUAAGAAUGCCAAUAAUAACAAUAUAAAUAAUAAUUUAAAUGAUAAUAUAUAUAAUAAUAUAUAUAAUAGCUUCAUUGAUAAUAGAUAUAAUAAUAGUAGUUGUACACUUAUAAAUGAAAUGAAUAUAAAAAUAAACAAUACUUUUACUAAGUCAAAAAAAAUACCAUUAAAGUCUAUUUUAAAGAAAAAUAAUUUAUCGAAUGGUACCUUAAAAAUUAAAAAUCAAGAAAUUAAGAACAACAAGCAUAUACGAUUUAAUUCUGAUAUUGAAACAUAUUUCUUUGAGAAGUACUCUUUUGAAGAGGAUACAUACAACAAUAACAAUUGUAAUAAAAAAAAAUUUUAUAAAAUAUUGGAUACUUAUAAUUUAAUAAGUUGGGAAAUAUUUAGCUAUAGUAAUUUGCGUCAUAAUUUAAAUUUAGUUUUUAUCGAUAUAAUUAAUUCAGUAUUUGUUUUUAAAGAUAAACUAGUUGCAAAGUUUUAA